AUGGCACAGUUGCAGCGGCCAGCGCUCGAGGGUGUGGAGCAGCCCCAACAAAGUCCGGCACAGCAGCAGCCACAGCAGCAGGACCAGCAGCAGGCGGACGAGGCUGGCGCGAGGCACGACGGCGAAGAGCCGCCGCCACCGCAGCAGCCGAGCCCUUGCGGCGUGUGCGAUCAGCAGCCCUACAAGUACCGCUGCCCAGGCUGCGGCGUCCGCAGCUGCAGCGUUGAGUGUGUGCGGCGCCACAAAGACGACACGGGAUGCAGCGGCAAGCGGGACCGCCUGGCGUUUGUGCCGCUCAGCGAGUUUGGUGACCGCGAGCUCGUCUCAGACUACAAGCUACUGGAGGAGGUCUCCCGAGCCGACGACAACGCGCGCCGCCACCGCCCGCCCGCGCCGCGGCCGCAGCUGCCGCAGGCGCUGUCGGGCCUGAUCCACCAGGCGCGGCUGCGCGGCGUUCGGCUCAUGAUCAUGCCACCAGGCAUGCAGCGGCGGCGCGACAGCACGACCUAUUACAACUUUCGUGCCCGCAAGCUGCUGUGGCGCGUGGAGUGGGUGUUUCCCGAGGCUGACCCCGAGGCGGCCGCCGCGGCCCAGGCGCAGGCCCAGCAGCAGCAGGAGCAGCAGCAGCAGCAGCAGCAGCAGCAACAGCACCGGCAGCAGCACCCGCAGCGGUGGCAGCCGCAGCAGCGGCCGGGGCCCGCUUCGCCUGUGUCGGCGGCGCACGCAAAGGAGCCAGCAGCCGCGGCCGGCGGCAGGGGCCUGGUGCUGGUGGAUGCGCGGGUCGACGAAGAGCGCCCGCUGCGGCCGCUGCUCGAGGCGCAUCUGGCAAACGCGCCAGGCGCCGGCGCUCGGCAGCUCGCGUUGAGAGCGUAUGUCGAGGCGGUCGCGGCGCGCGGCGGGGACGCGGGUGCUCUCCCUGUGCUGAUGCGGCAGGAGCACUGCCCGGCCAACGCGCCGCGCUACUACAAAUUGGACGUGGACGCUUCGCUGAGGUCGCAGCUGGCCGGGAAAGCGAUCAUAGAGUUCCCGACGCUCAUCGUGCUGCUGCCCGGUCAGGAGGGCAGCGAGCGCUACCCACUUGUCCCGGCAGCCGAGGCCGCCGAAGAGGUGGGCGGUGGCCGGGUUGAUGGGGAGGCCGGGCGGCCGGCCAAGGCCGCGAGGCACGCGGGGGCGCCGCAGCUCGCGCUCCGUUACCCGCCGCCGCCGCCGCCGCCGCGGGUGAAUGGCGCACAGCAGCAGCAGACGCAGCAGCAACAGCAACAGCAGCAGCAGACGCAGGAAAAUGACCAGGAGCAGCAGGAGCAGCAGUAG